AGUAGCUUCUAACUAGGCCAAAACACGGACGUGGGGAUUCGUGAUCAAGAUACAAGAUAGCACAAGAUUAAAUUGUAUAUUUAAUUGCCGUAAGGGCACACUAGAUAUAACUCCCCCUCCCCCGCUAGACUGGCUGCAAAUGACCCACAAAACCCUUUAUAGCUCCAGUCCCGAAGGUCACAGUGAGAUGGUUCUGGGACCAACGGAUCCUCCUGGGUUCCGGCUACAACUAGAGUCUAAACAUGGUACCGUUAUUGGGUUUCUGUGGGGAGAUAUGGAUAUUUACCUUCCCUGUCAUGCCACCAUCAAACAAAGCCUAUGGGCAUGUUCACUGUGGCCACUGGGACACAAAUCUGUAUCCGGUUUGUGCCUGCGAUGGCCGGGCGAUUCAUAAUUCUCUAUGAAAUGUAGGUGCUAACAUGUCUGGGAGGUAUCAUUGAUCUUGGGCAAGAGCUGAAACCCCCUUCUGGGGGUUUUCCUGCAGAUUUGGUUGCCUCCAAACUGGCUGGUUGAGGUGUGACAAUAUCCACCUGGGGCAUCCUUGAAGCCUGGACCCCUGGGGCGUUCUCCCUUGCUAGCUGACAAUCAGAUGGCUGAGGGGUGGGAGCAUAUUUUGCAUGUACACUGACUGUGUACAAGCCAAAAGGCUUGCAGGAGACAGUGACCUCCACAGCGCCCCCGUGACAGUGACCUCCACAGCGCCCCCAUGUGCCAUCCUCAUUGCCUGUCAGUGCAACCAGUGGGAUCCACAGCAUAGCAAUCAGCCACUGUGGCUGAUCGCUAUGCUGUCACUCCUGCACAGCUCUUACAUCGCGCUGUGCAGGAGUCAGUACAGGCUUCACAUAGAAACCUGUACACUGCAGAGAGCGGCCGGCAAUCCGCGGUGAGUGAAGACGGCCGGCCGGAGCUUUUCCUUUGCAGGAGGCAGUGACGUCAUUCAUGACGGUCCGUCUCCUGCUCAAGAAAGAAAGAAAGAAGACUGAGACUUACCGGAAGACCGGAGAGCCCGACAGAAGCGGUCACGUGACCGGGAAGUGAAUUUUGGAAAGGGGUGGGCUGUGGAAGGUCUGCCUUACCUUAGCCAUGCUCUCUGUUUGGAAUUUCUUGAAGCGUCACAAGAGAAAAUUCAUCUACUUUGGUGCAUUUGUUGGAGGUGUGUACAUCCUUGGAAAGUAUGCUCAAAGGAAAAUCCGUGAAAUUCAAGAGAGAGAAGCUGCUGAUUAUAUUGCACAAGCGCGGAGACAGUAUCAUUUUGAGAGCAAUCAGAGGACAUGUAACAUGACAGUAUUAUCAAUGCUCCCGACUCUGAGAGAGGCUUUAAUGCACCAGCUGAAUUCAGAAAGCCUAACAAGUCUGCUGAAAAACAGACCGACAAACAAGAUAGAAAUAUGGGAAGAUCUGAAGAUUAUUAGUUUUGCUAGAAGUAUAGUAGCAGUGUACAGUACGUGCAUGUUGGUUGUGCUCCUGAGAGUUCAGCUAAAUAUUAUUGGCGGAUAUAUCUACCUAGAUAAUUCUUCCGCAGCAAAGACUGACAAUGGACUUCAGGCGUCUCCUGAGGUACAACAACAAUAUCUUUCUAGCAUUCAGCACCUCCUAGGAGAUGGUCUUACUGAGCUGAUAACACUUGUGAAACAGGCAGUCCGGAAAGUGCUGGGCAGUUUAUCCCUAAAGAAGUCUCUUUCACUUACUGAGUUGGAGCAACAUAUUAAAGAAAUCCGCAGAUUGGUGGAAGAGUAUAAGACGUCAGAGGAGUCACAGAGCAAGUCACAGUUAUGCUAUUUUAUGAUGCCAGACGAAGAGAACCCACUGACCUCUCAGGCAUGUGGGCUAACAGAGAAGGACGUCACCACCAUCCGUCUCCUGAAUGAAACCAGAGAUAUGUUGGAGAGUAAAGACUUCGGCACAGUGUUGAAUUCAUGUCUGAAUCGAGGUUUCGGAAGGCUUCUCGACAGCAUUGCAGAGUUCUUUCGACCAGAUGAACAAGGAUUAAAUCAGACCAGCUCAUUGAACAGCCUUUCCAGCAUUAGUCUUCCACUGGCCAAAAUUAUCCCUAUAGUUAAUGGACAGAUCCACUCCAUAUGUAGUGAAAUGCCCAGCCAUUUUGUCCAGGAUCUCCUACUCAUGGAACAAGUUAAGGACUUUGCUGCCAAUGUGUAUGAAGCUUUUAGCACGCCCCAGCAGCUUGAGAAGUAAUGGCCCAUCGCACCCCUCAGAACCCAGCAGCACAUCAAUGUUUACAGGCUAUGUAUGACAUUCCUUUUUAAUUAAAGAAAAGUAUGCGUCUCCUUGCCGACCUGAGGAAUGGAUGUCUGUGAAGACGUGACUAGGAAACGGUUCAUAUUCAGUGACUACGAUAUCUUCACCAGGAUCUCAUCCACUGCAAAUAGGAGACCUUCAAAUCUAUCUUCAAUAGUAUAUGAAUUCUAUUUAUUGAUUUUCAUUUUUUUUUUGUUCAAAAGUUGCAUUAACUUUAUACCCCACACCAAAUGAAUGUGGCAUGAAUCGCUUAUGUGCAGUCAUAAAAGGCCUUAUUAACCCUUUGUCAUAACUAACAUAUUGCUCUAUUGCAACCAAUUUUAAAGGGAUUGUUCAGUGUCCAAUACUGAUGACCUAUCCUAGGGAUGGGCAAACUGCAGCUCUCCCUCUGUUGCAAAACUACAAAUCCAAGAAUGCUCAGUCUGCCUGGUCCUAUCCCUUCAACAUGGGAAACCAAACAAACGCUUAAAGAUUUUAGGGAAAACCAAUAAUAGGACAAAAUACAAUUUUGUGAAUGACUAAUAAGCUGUGGCCAGCAUAGUUGUCAAAAAUGUUUUUUUUUUUUUUUUUAAAUCAUAUCCCUUUCACUAGUAGAGAGAGAACAGAACUACUGACCUUAAGUGGCAAUUACUGUACUGAUGCUGCUUCUGUACCAUUUAAUAGUGAGCCUGGGACUAGGAUACACAAACAGAAACCUGUAAAUCUGGGCAGGAAAAAGAACGACUGGGAGCCACCCAGAUGGCUAUUUUGCCUAUUCCCAGCUCAGUUUAAAAGUGGGGGCCAUUUUUUAAGACCAUUAAUUCAUACAAUAGACUAAACCAAAAAUACACUGGAGUAAAAUGAUCCAAAGGUAUUAAGAGAUGCACACCUUAAUUACGUAGCCAUAGAUUUUGGUUUCUAAUUUCUGAUGUAAACACAGACCACGCCAACUUAUCACCUAUACACAGGAAAGAAGAUAAGUUGACCACUGGGGCUCCCACUGAUCAUGAGAAAGGGGCACAUUCUACAUCCCCCUCAUCAUGAUCAGUGGGGACCCCUGCAGUUGGACCCCUGCCGAUCCACAGUGGGGGGGGGGGGAUUAGUAGUUGUCUUAAUGGCACAACUAAUUGUAUGCCUUAAACCUGGCAUACGGUCAUUAAUUCCCCCCUAUAGUCUCUCUGAAACACUGCAGCAUUUCAGAGUGAAACUUAGCUACUUGUAAGCAGGGAGCACAUUCUUCAGGCAGCAUGAAUCCCCCAACGGGUUCCCUUUAAAGCACUGAACAGUUGUAUUUUUUUCUUUAUUUAGCUGUAGCUUCAACUUUUUUUCCAUUGAAACCCCGCAAUCAAGUAGAGGGAAAUUCUUACAUCUGAAUCUAACAAUCCCAUCUGCACUUGGUAGGUUUGCAGUAAUCACAGGAGAAUGCUUAUGCAAGGAGUGUGCAAAUGUAGCAGAGAUGACUUUGUUUUGGAAUAGCAUAUGGUUAAUGGAAAACCCCUGUUUACAGUGGCAAACAUCAGUCAUCACACUCUCAGCCCAUAAACCUACAGGAAAGAAAUAAAUUCUAAAGUAGAGCGUGCUACCUGUGAAGAGUCAUAUGGGCUGCCUGGGUCUCCCAAGGAGUUAUACAAUCCCACGUCCACAGGUUUGGUGUAUGUCAUUACAAGGCUGUUGUGGCGCAUGCGCAGUGUGCAGAUAAAGCCAGGCCAGUACACCUCUCUCCACCAGAGCUUAUUAGUAAUGAUGAAUCCUAGCCUGUGGGUCAUCAGAGCCAGGAGGUUUGUGGGGACUGUGCAGCUUUCAUUUUUCAGGGUGCUCAUACACAAUGUGGCCUGGCCUCACCAUGCAGAUCGCCACUUAUUGCUGCCGGCACUUGUACUUGUAACUUAAACCAUGGCAUGUACAGGGUCAGUCUGGUAAUUACCGGUUACAGAGGCCAGGCCACACAGUGUGUGAGCACCCUUAUGAGCAAUUUUUUCAAAAUAAAGCCCUAUUUUGUAUCUGGUCGACAGUUUCAGUAAAUGGGGCCCAAUGAGUGUAUUGGUUCUACUUGUCUCUUAUAAUCGGACACAAAACUGUAUGCUGUAGGGGAGCCUAAUUUUUCUUAUAUGUGCAACACUUAUUCAACAAAAUGUUCAUCAUUGACAUAACAUUAAUGUUAUUCAUUUCAGUACAGUUAUUGAUAUUCUAAUUUAUGUUCUGCGUUUAUUGGUUUAUUAUGAGCUUUGCAUACUGUAACAGCCACUGUAGAUAUUUUUUAAUGGAAAUUGGUAAUUUAGACAAUGAAUUCUCUAAUUCAAUAAACUUUUUUUUUUUUUUAUGAAAUA